AUGAAGUACAACCCGAAGCCCUUUAAGCACACAAACGGGAAUAAGGACAUCCAUGACUCUGCCAAACCAAAGUCUCUCCCACAACUACUGCCUCGACCCUCCAUAGAGGAAUCCCCAACUACGGCCAAUCCCAUGAUGACCUCAUCCAAUGAUCUGGUCCCAUCAUCCGGGCCCAAUCGCUCACGGAUUCCACCGACUGUGUCAACUCCCCUGCCCCCACUACCUGCUGGAUGGGAAGGCACAGAAGACAUGAAAGUGUGGUUGCUGGCCAAAAUUGAAGAAGACCGGCGCAAGCAGCAAGAAGAAAAGACACAGCAGGCUAACGUGGUACUGGAACAGCGGCGCAUCGAGCAGUCAAUGCUGUCAGAUGCUCUCCGCGCUCGUGUCCCACCGAACCUAGUCCCACUGAUCUUCAACGGUAUCUAUACCACCAACACGCAGUACUCUACACCGGCUUCCAGAUCUGCUACACCACCCACGGUGCCCCAACAGCAAGAUAAUCAGUGCUCUGCGCCGCCUACAGGACUCCCUACUGCACCCCAACCAUCUCAGCAGAGUCCUAAGCGUCCUCAUGAAAAAGCUAGUCGGUCAUCACAGGCGGCCACAGAACUAUCAGAAACGCGUCAGUCUCGGUGGUCGGAAGCCAUUGCCAACCAACAUCGGGAGCGAAUGAUAAGUUCUGAGCGAGAGCAGUUAAGGCGCAAGCUGAAAUCCCAGAACAUACAAUUCGCCGAUAAGGAGUUGUUGGAUACAGCAUUCGAGCACACCUUUCCUGUUACCAGAGCUAUGAUCCAGGACUUGCCCCCGAGGUCUCUUGCUGAUUCUCCCGAUACGGACGCUGGAUCGCAGGGAGUGCCCCCCAAGCCAUCGCAGGAAUCGGGGCAGCGGAAAUUCCGAUCACAACCCCAACAGCAACUACAAGUGGCGGGCAGCCCCGCCAGUAUCUCGAGUGCCACAUCUCAUCUUCACCAGGAGCAAACGAACACUGCUAGCCCAAAGCGAAAGAACCCGAGGUCGCACAAGAAAGCCCCUCCACCUCAAUGUCGUCGAAAUGAGACAGUCUCCGGUCAAAAGAACCCACUUGAUAAAUCACAGCUUGAUCACAAGCGGCAACAGCGUGAUUUGUCCAGCUCCAACGAAUCCCGUACUUGCGAGGGUGAUUCUUCCGAGCAGCUACCGGAGCAGGAAAUCCAAUCAACCGCAUCUGAAAAGCCUUAG